GGCCGUCAUGGUUGACGUGUGUUUGUGUGCAGUCGCCACAGUGGUGCUGAUCGUGACAGUAGUUCUGGCUUUGUCACGGCUAGGUUAUAUCUGUAUCAACGGCCACUGGCAAAAAGCACUAACAACCUUCUUGGGCUACGGCUUGCGGUCGCAAAAGCUCCAGAGUAGGACUAAUGACGGGUGGCAUGAAAUAUCAGUACCUGAGCAAACCUCUCUACAGGAGCAAACCCAGCCCGAUGUCAUUUACGCGAACUCAUCAUCUUUUUGUAACGAAAACCCUCAAGACACAGCGGAUGGCGGUACCAGCCAGAAAAGUGUGCAAAGCAAAACGCCUUCUCCAGAAUUUAACCUUAUUGGACAAAACGAUAUUAGUACAUAUACAACAGAGCUUGACGGAUAUCGGGUAAGUGUAGAACGCAGGUCGUCGAAUGAUGCAGUAUCACAUAACGAGAAGGCCCUAUGUGAUCCUUCGGGAACAGGCAGGUCAUUGGCGCAGAACUUCUUCAAAAGACACGAUACAGAAGAUUCUGUGCCAAGUACUGGGACAGACAUGCGCUGCCUCGUGUCGGAAUCUAAGAAUGUGCACGUCCUUAAUGUCGGUCCAAACUCUAUUGUGAACUAUGCAGCAAAAGAAACACAGGAAGACGCAUUAAUGGAGGAAGAGUUGUUCCCAGUCCUAUGUGUCGUUCAAAAACCAGGCGCCCCUGCCAAUGCUGCCAGAAAGAGAACCCACGAGCCUGACCCAGACACGGACUGUCGCGUUCUCCUCGGAGUCAAGUGUGACGUCAACAGUAAGGAACUCAUGGCCUUGUCCUUCAGCCACAGCCUAUCGAAAGGAAUUGUGGGAACGGACAUCAAUGACCCUACAAGGAACUACUUGAUCGACGUAGACACUAUAACAAACGUCUCUACCGAGAAUCAGGGUAUACGGUCACCUAGCUCUCAGUACUGGCCUCUCAUACCAGACCCUCAGGAGCGGACCUUACCUAGAAACGUGUGUGGUUUCUGGUUUCAGUUUCUCGGUCCUGCAACCACAUUUGAGGUGCGCUUCUGCCUUAGAGUAGCCCAGAUGCAAACUCCUUACAUGAGUACAGACCUUCAAAAUCCAUUCGAUUACAGGCUAGUAGAACUUGUGGACCAGCUAGAUAUUUCUGUAGAAACACGCGAUGUUCGUAGGAGGAGACAAAAAACUGAAAGUAAUUGCAAAAGGAGGCGUUAUUCUCAUGUCGUUGAUGAGAACACUAGAAACAGAUGGUUGACCACGGCUCAAACGACGGUUGAAAAGGAAAAACACACUAGCAAGUCUGUGUUGCCCAGCUUGUCCCGGUCAGAAAGAAGUGGUACCUGUAGGUCAACAGUGUAUGACAAGAUCAUGGGUCGUUUGGAGUUGCUGGGAGAAGAGGGAAGGUGGCAGGAGUUUGACAUUUUCGCUGGGCAACUGGUAAAACACUUCGAAACUAGAGCUGAUACUGAUCUAAAGACUGUCGUUGUGUUGGAACAAGCUUUGGCAGAAUACUACAAAUACAACUUGACUGGGGCGGUCUCCAUCACAAAACAAGCCCUACAGACUCUUAGGAAAGAAAGGACACAGAACACAGAAAUGCUGAUAGGAAGGGCCUACUACUUAUUAUCUGACGUUUAUCAGAAAGACAAAAAGUAUGGCCUGGCAGAAAAAUACAUGGAUCUAGCAAAACAGGUUCUGUCGAACUUCGAGAUUGGAGAAGACACCGGUGAAACCUACUACAACAAAGCAUCAUUAUAUGCUGCCAUGAUAGCCAAUCAUAGCUCACCCCCGAGCAGCUUAUUUGACGAGGUUCGAGAAAAUCUGGAACUGGCUAUUUGCCACUGGAGACAAGACAUGUCAUCCUGUCCGGCUCACCAAAGAAGAGCACACAUCAAACUCGCAGCUGUGUUGUUGGACUGUGCUUCACCACAAGGGAGGGAGCGAACUGUCAGUCCACAACAUGUUGAAGCCGCUCGAAGGAGCAUAAACAUCGUGCGAACUGAAUUCUGGGAAGGAAUGCCCAAACGCAGCCGAUGUCGCUUCCUCCUCACAGAGUCUGACGUCUACUUUCGUCAGAAAAGUUACGCUUUGGCACAAGAAAAAGCUUUGGAAGCACGCGAUCUUGCCAAAAGCUGUAGGUUUAACAUAGAGGUAGACAUGGCAGACAGGCGGCUGGAAUGUUUGGCUGCUGUGCAUCAUUAUCUGCCGGCAUGUGGUACGGACAGAGUGUUACAGGAUGUCAUUGGCUCUCUGUCAGUUGAUACUGACACUAGGGAAGAAGACACGUUCUCAGAACCUGAUAGUGAACCAUUGAAUUAACAGACCAAUAGUGCGGUUGACGGAUCUUCCUUUUUGGUAUGUAGAUAGACUGAUGCUUGAUAUAAUUAGAUAAUUGGAUUUCCAUUAGAUAACAGGACUAUUCAAACAUGACUGACUGGGAAUGAGAAGAGCUUGUUGCACUUACAAAUUACGUGAAAGUGAACAUAUGUGAAUAGAAAUUAUGCAAAUGAGAAUCUAAUUUGCAUAAUCUUGCGUCGCUGAUGUGUUGGAGAGGAGAGUCCCUAACCGAAACUCAACUACAAGGUUCCACUGAGUCGUACAGAAAGACACAGACAAUCCUUUAUUCCCAAAACUCUCAAAAUCAUGCAGCAGAAACAAUUGUAAUAGUUGUUGAGUUUCAGACUCUAGCUUCUUCUGCAGAUUA